GUGAGAUCAUUCGGCCCGUUAUUAAACACUUGAACCGGAGUUCGCGAGACAGAAGAAAACCUAAAUUCUUGCUUUUGUUCAUCGGCUUCCUCUUCUUCGAUGGAUGAGAAAUUGACAACAACAGCUUCGACAAUUCCGAGACGAGCUUCUAUAAAGUCCCAACCCGAUUUCGAUUACUCUAUCCGCAAGCAAAAGCUCAGAGAAAGUUGCUUCAGAAGAGUUAGAGAAGAAAGGACACGUCUGCUGUGGAAAUUGAGGCACUCUGAUUGUGAAUCUUCAGAUCAGAAGGAGAUUAUCAAUUCUGCUUUCCAGGACAUUGUUUCUGAUGAAUUAAAAAAGAUUGAGGAUUCCCACGAUAUAUUGUGGGAAUAUGGAGGCCCAGAAGAUGCUUAUGAAGGUGAUAGUGAAGAGAUAUUGCUAGAAAUGCAACAUUUGUUUUACAAUGAUUUGAUUUCAGAGACCACCAUAAAUGGAUCAUAUGCUCAGGCUGAAACAUGGGAUGACGAGGAAGAUGAGUACUUGGCCACCUUAGUUUCUCAGAAUAUGCUUUUAAACACUGAACAGGAGCCAAACCAGAUAUGGUGUCCGAUCUGCAAGCAAGGCGAGGUUAUGGAGAAUCAGCGACAUAUCUAUUGCAGCAUCUGUGAAAUGCAGCUGAUCAAAGGCGAAGAGGUUAAUCUGAACAUUCUGCAAGAACGGUUAGCGGAAGUGCACGCUGAACAUUUUGAGAGAGGAUGCAGAUUGAAACCAAAGUUCAGUGUUCAGAGUCUCUAUAAUUUGAAGGCAUUGUACAUCACAUGUGAAGCUUGUAGUGCCUUUGAGGUCGUUGUAUAAGUUCUAACGUAAAUGAUACUCAUAAUUUUUGGUAUAUAUUAGCUUUUAAGAUCAUCAGGCGUAGUGGAAUCCUGCAUACGUUGCUAAAAGUAUUCUGAUUUCUCAGUAUAACCGUAGAUACCAUCUUUUAAUC